AUGGUCAAUUCAAGCCAGUUUCCAUAUUUCAUACUGACUGCCUACCUGGACAUGGGCUAUCUGAAGUACUUAUAUUUUGUGAUUGUUUUGACGCUGUACAUUGUGAUUGUGGUUGCGAAUGCUUUGCUCAUUGUAACUAUUUGUAUGAAGAGGAGCCUACAUGAGCCUAUGUAUGUGUUUCUGUGUAGCCUGUUGGUUAAUGAACUGUAUGGUAGUGCUGGUCUAUUUCCAUUCCUCCUGCAGCAGAUCACCUCAGACACUCACACCAUAUCUAGAUCCAUGUGUUUCCUACAGAUCUACAGCCUAUAUAGCUAUAGCUGUGGGGAGUUGUGUAACCUGGCUGUGAUGUCCUAUGAUAGGUACCUUGCUAUCUGCUGUCCUCUGCAUUAUAAAGCUCGGAUGACCUCUAACAAGGUGGCUCUGUUGAUCGCUGCUGUAUGGCUGUACGCUUCUGUGGAGAGCCUUGGGUGUAUCAUUCUGAGUACCUCCCUGGUGCUGUGUGGGAACAGAAUCAACAAGAUCUAUUGUGAUAACUUCCCUGUUGUUAAGCUGGCGUGUUCAGACACCACUGUGAACAACGCGUACGGGGUCCUGGCCACCAUACUGGCCGUGGCGGUUCCUCUCAUCUCCAUCCUGUUCUCCUACACCAAGAUCCUCAGGGUUUGUGUCGUUGGUUCUAAAGAGACCAGACAGAAAGCAGUCAGUACCUGCAGCCCCCACAUCGCCUCACUGAUCAAUUUCUCUUUUGGGUGUUGUUUUGAAAUAUUUCAGAGUAGAUUCAAUAUGACCGGUGUUCCCAGGAUAUUGCGUAUCGUUUUAUCGCUGUACUUUCUCACCAUCCAACCAAUCUUUAACCCUGUCAUUUAUGGGCUGAGGUUAUCUAAAAUAAGACAGAUUCUUUCGUUAUAUUACGUUUUGAUGUAA